UGCAAUGAUUUCCUCGAACAUUCUAACUUUGAUCGUAAUUGUACACUGAAAUGGAACACCCGGAGAGGAGUUUCAUUAUGAUAAAGCCCGACGGCGUACAAAGGCAGUUGAUCGGAGAGAUCAUUUCUCGUUUCGAACGUCGCGGGUAUAAGUUGGUGGCAGCAAAAUUGAUGACUCCUUCGGUGCAACUUGCUAAGCAGCACUAUGCAGAACACGAUGGAAAACCGUUCUUUGAACCUUUGGUGAAAUUUCUGACUUCAGGUCCUGUGUUUGCGAUGGUCUGGGAAGGAAAGGAUAUUGUUGCUACUGGCAGGAAAAUGAUUGGAAAAACCAAGCCUUUGGACUCGGAGCCUGGAACUAUCAGAGGAGACUUUGGAAUUGAUGUUGGUAGAAAUCUUAUUCAUGGAAGUGACUCUGUGGAUAGUGCCAAUCGUGAAAUCAAGUUGUGGUUUCACGCAGAGGAUCUCAAUUCCUGGAAACCAGUCACACAAGGGUGGAUUUAUGAGUAAGUUCUAGAUAGUGCAUUGGCUGCUGCUGUUAUGGUGAGAAGUCCAAGUUGAAUAAAUGGUUAUAGUCAUCUUUUGUUGACGUUCUUUGUAUAUAUCUUUUUCUUACCAAUUGGAAUCUGUCAUUG